AGUGACGUGAUGUGCUUGGCUGGCCGCGGAGUCCGGCGGAGCUUUCGGCGGCGGCUGAGUUAGCCGAGGGAAAAUGGCUCGGACCGUGGCGGCUGCGACGGCUCGAGUUGCAGUGGAAGGACAGACUCAGGCAGCGUGAGGUCUUGCUAUUUUGGAAGCUACGAGAAAAAAGUAGAUAGGGGAAAGUUUGGUCUUUUUAGUGGACAUGGCUCAGAUAUCCAGCAACAAUGGAUUUAAACAGUGUUCUUCACAGCUGGAACCAACAAGAACAAAAGAUGUGGACAAACAAGAAGCAUUACAGAUGGAAGCAGAAGCUUUAGCAAAACUGCAAAAGGACAGACAAGUGACUGACAAGCAGAGAGACUUUGAGUUGUCAAGCAGUACCAGACAAAAAGCACAAGUUUUUAAUAAACAGGAUUAUGAUCUCAUGGUGUUUCCUGAAUCAGAUUCCCAAAAAAGAGCAGUUGAUAUUGAUGUAGAAAAGCUCACCCAAGCCGAACUUGAAAAACUAUUGUUGGAUGACAGUUUUGAAAGUAGAACACCUGUAUUGCCAGUUACUCCUGUUCUGAGCCCUUCAUUUUCAGCACAGCUCUAUCUUAGACCUAGUAUUCAGAGAGGACAGUGGCCCCCUGGCUUAUCUGGGCCUUCUACUUAUACUUUACCUUCUAUUUAUCCUUCAACUUACAGUAAACAGGCUGCAUUCCAGAAUGGCUUCAACCCAAGAAUGCCUACUUUUCCAUCUUCAGAACCUAUAUAUUUAAGGCUUCCAGGACAGUCUCCGUAUUUUCCAUAUCCUUUGACACCUGCCACACCCUUUCAUCCACAAGCAACUUUACCAAUCUAUCGACCAGCAGUCAGUCCUGACAUGGCAAAACUAUUUGACAAAAUAGCUAGCACAUCAGAAUUUUUAAAAAAUGGGAAAGCAAGGACGGAUUUGGAGAUAACAAAUUCAAAAACUACAGUCAGCAAUCUACAGGUAUCUCCAAAGUCUGAGGACAUCAGUAAAUUUGACUGGUUAGACCUGGAUCCUCUAAGUAAGCCAAAAGUGGACAAUGUGGAAGUAGUAGACCAUGAAGAAGACAGAAAUGUUCCAAGUUUGCUAGCAAAGGAUCCCUGGGAUGCUGUUCUUCUUGAAGAACGAUCAUCAGCAACUUGUCAUCUUGAAAGAAAGGUGAAUGGAAAUUCCCUUUCUGGGGCAACUGUAACAAGAAGCCAGUCUUUAAAUAUUCGAGCAACUCAGCUUACUAAAGUCCAGGGCCAAAUACAGAAAGACCCAAGUGGGACCACUAGUUUGCCAACUGGAAGAUCACUUCUACAAGAAAUUGAAGUACAGAAUGAGGAGGUGGCAGCUUUUUGUCAAUCCAUUACAAAAUUGAAGACCAAAUUUCCAUAUACCAAUCACCGCACAAAUCCAGGCUAUUUGUUAAGUCCAGUCACAGUGCAAAGAAACAUAUGUGGAGAAAAUGCUAGUGUCAAGGUCUCCAUUGAAAUUGAAGGAUUUCAGCUACCGGUUACGUUUACAUGCGAUGUGAGUUCUACUGUAGAAAUUGUUAUAAUGCAAGCCCUUUGCUGGGUACAUGAUGACUUGAAUCAAGUAGAUCUUGGCAGCUAUGUUCUGAAAGUUUGUGGUCAAGAGGAGGUGCUACAGAAUAACCAUUGCCUUGGAAGUCAUGAACAUAUUCAAAACUGUCGAAAAUGGGACACAGAGAUUAAGUUACAACUCUUGACCUUCAGUGCAAUGUGCCAGAAUCUGGCUCGAACAGCAGAAGAUGAUGAAGCACCUGUGGAUUUAAACAAAUACCUAUAUCAAAUAGAAAAACCUUAUAAAGAAGUCAUGACAAGACACCCUAUUGAAGAACUCUUAGAUUCUUAUCACAACCAAGUAGAACUGGCCCUUAAAAUUGAAAACCAGCACCGAGCCGUAGAUCAAGUAAUUAAAGCUGUUAGAAAAAUAUGCAGUGCUUUAGAUGGUGUAGAGACUCCUGCCAUAACGGAAUCAGUAAAGAAACUAAAGAGAGCAGUUAACCUUCCAAGGAGUAAAAGUACUGAUGUGACUUCACUAUCUGGAGGAGGAGAUACUAGCAAGAGCUCAACAAGGGGCUCACUGUAUCCUGAAAAUCCUGUUCAAGUAAGCAUGGACCAAUUAACUGCAGCAAUUUAUGAUCUUCUCAGACUCCACACAAGUUCCAGUAGGAGUACUGCAGACAGUAUUCACAACAGCAGGAGCAUCAAGGAGGCAUGGACCACAACAGAACAGCUCCAGUUUACUAUAUUUGCUGCACAUGGAAUUUCAAGUAACUGGGUAUCAAAUUACGAAAAAUACUACUUGAUAUGUUCCUUGUCACACAAUGGAAAGGAUCUUUUUAAACCUAUUCAAUCUAAGAAGGUUGGCACUUAUAAGAAUUUCUUCUAUCUUAUUAAAUGGGAUGAACUAAUCAUUUUUCCCAUCCAGAUAUCACAAUUGCCAUUAGAAUCAGUUCUUCAUCUUACUCUUUUUGGAAUUUUAAAUCAGAGCAGUGGAAGUUCCCCUGAUUCUAAUAAGCAGAGAAAGGGGCCAGAAGCUUUGGGCAGAGUUUCUUUACCUCUUUUUGACUUUAAGCGGUUUUUAACAUGUGGAACCAAACUUCUCUAUCUUUGGACUUCAUCAUCUACAAAUUGUAUUCCUGGAACAGUCCCUAAAAAAGGAUAUCUCAUGGAAAGAAUAGUGCUACAGGUUGAUUUUCCUUGUUCUACAUUUGAUAUAAUUUAUACAACUCCUCAAGUUGACAGAAGCAUUACACAGCAACACAACUUAGAAACACUGGAGAAUGAUAUAAAAGGGAAACUUCUCAAUAUUCUUCACAGAGACUCAUCACUUGGACUUUCUAAAGAAGAUAAAGCCUUUUUGUGGGAGAAACGUUAUUAUUGCCUCAAACACCCAAAUUGUCUUCCUAAAAUACUAGCAAGUGCCCCAAACUGGAAAUGGGUUAAUCUUGCCAGAACAUACUCAUUGCUUUACCAGUGGCCUCCAUUGUACCCACUGGCUGCUUUGGAGCUUCUUGAUUCAAAAUUUGCUGAUCAGGAAGUAAGAUCCCUGGCUGUGACCUGGAUUGAGGCCAUUAGUGAUGAUGAGUUAACAGAUCUUCUUCCACAGUUUGUACAAGCUUUGAAAUAUGAAAUUUACUUGAACAGUUCAUUAGUGCGCUUUCUUCUGUCCAGGGCAUUGGGAAAUAUCCAGAUAGCACACAGUUUAUAUUGGCUUCUCAAGGAUGCCCUACAUGAUACACAGUUUGGUGUCCGAUAUGAACAUGUAUUGGGUGCUCUACUUUCAGUAGGAGGAAAAGGACUCAGAGAAGAACUUUCUAAGCAGACAAAACUUGUACAGCUUUUAGGAGGAGUAGCUGAGAAAGUAAGGCAGGCUAGUGGAUCAGCCAGACAGGUCGUCCUCCAAAGGAGUAUGGAACGAGUACAGUCCUUUUUUCUGAAAAAUAAAUGCCGUCUCCCUCUCAAACCAAGUCUAGUGGCAAAGGAGUUAAAUAUUAAGUCAUGUUCAUUCUUCAGUUCUAAUGCUGUGCCCCUAAAAGUCACAAUGGUGAAUGCUGAUCCUUUCGGGGAAGAAAUUAAUGUCAUGUUUAAGGUGAGCAAAAUAGGGUUACUUUGGGAUGUGGGAGGUAUGGGGGUUUCACUGUGUUGCCCAGGCUGUCCUGGCACUCAAGGUAUUGUUAAAGGCAUGGUGGAACUAGUUCCUGCUUCAGAUACCCUCAGAAAAAUCCAAGUGGAAUAUGGUGUGACUGGAUCCUUUAAGGAUAAACCACUUGCAGAAUGGCUGAGGAAAUACAAUCCCUCUGAGGAAGAAUAUGAAAAGGCUUCUGAAAAUUUUAUUUAUUCUUGUGCUGGAUGCUGUGUAGCUACCUAUGUUUUAGGCAUCUGUGAUCGACACAAUGAUAAUAUAAUGCUUCGAAGUACAGGACAUAUGUUCCACAUUGACUUUGGGAAGUUUUUGGGCCAUGCACAGAUGUUUGGUAGCUUCAAAAGGGAUCGAGCUCCUUUUGUGCUUACGUCUGAUAUGGCAUAUGUCAUCAAUGGGGGUGAAAAGCCAACCAUUCGCUUCCAAUUAUUUGUGGACCUUUGCUGUCAGGCCUACAACUUGAUAAGAAAGCAAACAAACCUCUUUCUUAACCUACUUUCACUGAUGAUUCCUUCAGGGUUACCAGAACUUACAAGUGUUCAGGACUUGAAAUAUGUUAGAGAUGCUCUUCAACCCCAAACCACAGAUGCAGAAGCUACAAUUUUUUUCACUAGGCUGAUUGAAUCAAGUUUGGGAAGCAUUGCCACAAAGUUUAAUUUCUUCAUUCACAAUCUUGCUCAGCUACGUUUUUCUGGUCUUCCUUCUAAUGAUGAGCCCAUCCUUUCAUUUUCACCCAAAACAUACUCUUUUAGACAAGAUGGUCGAAUCAAGGAAGUUUCUGUUUUCACAUAUCAUAAGAAAUACAACCCCGAUAAACACUAUAUUUAUGUAGUCCGAAUUUUGAGAGAAGGACAGCUUGAACCAUCAUUUGUAUUCCGGACAUUUGACGAGUUUCAGGAACUUCACAAUAAGCUCAGUAUUAUUUUUCCACUUUGGAAGUUACCUGGCUUUCCUAAUAGGAUGGUUCUAGGAAGAACACACAUAAAAGAUGUAGCAGCCAAGAGGAAAGUUGAGUUGAACAGUUAUUUACAGAAUUUGAUGAGUGCUUCAACAGAUGUAGCAGAGUGUGAUCUUGUUUGUACUUUUUUCCACCCUUUAAUUCGUGAUGAGAAAGCUGAAGGAAUAGCUAGGUCUGCAGGUGCAGGUCCCUUCAGUCCUACUCCAGGCCAAAUAGGAGGAGCAGUGAAGUUAUCUGUCUCUUACCGAAAUGGUACUCUGUUCAUCAUGGUGAUGCACAUCAAAGAUCUUGUUACUGAAGAUGGGGCUGAUCCAAAUCCAUAUGUCAAAACAUACCUACUUCCAGAUACCCACAAGACAUCCAAACGUAAAACCAAAAUUUCACGAAAAACUAGGAAUCCAACAUUCAAUGAAAUGCUUGUGUACAAUGGAUAUAGCAAAGAAACCCUAAGACAAAGAGAACUUCAACUGAGUGUACUCAGUGCAGAAUCUCUGCGGGAGAAUUUUUUCUUGGGUGGAAUAACUCUACCUUUGAAAGAUUUCAACUUGAGCAAAGAAACAGUUAAAUGGUAUCAGCUGACUGCAGCAACUUACUUGUAAUCUAGUGAAUUUCUCAGAUUUGGAAGCAAGAAGAGUUAUAAAUGUGUGUAUACAUGAAUGCAUGAAGAUUUGUGAACUUUGUAUAGUAUUUUUAUACUUGUGCAAAAAUUAUAAAGUUAAAUAUACUUACUGUAUUUUAACACAUCAGUUGGACCAAUAGUCAGGUAACUAAAUUUUAUAAAAAAUUUCAGGAAGCCAUUACUGUUUUAAAGUCAUUUAAAAUGUUACAAAUCCUAACCUUGAUAAGUCCUGAAAAAGACUUUUGAAGUAGUACUAUAUCAGUUCAGCCAUCCAUUUUGCAUUGUUUCCUAUAUAGACAUAGUACAUUUGUUUUUCUGUUAUGCACCUUUUACAGCUUUUACCACUGUUUAAGUUCACAAACACCAAAGUAAUGAAAAGAUGCAGAAUGUUACCGUAAAAUGCAGCUGCUAUUCAUAGGGCUGAAAAGCAAAGCACAAAUAAUAGAUAACUAUGUUAAGAACUACUAAGUAGUUUAUACAAAAUAGAAGUUUUUUAUUCAUUUGUUAAAGCCUUUUUCAGAAUAAGUGCCAAUUGCUGAAGUUGUAAAUAAUGGUGCCUUACUUAACUUUAUAUGCAUCACUGGCACUUAAUUUCUGAUUUUUUUCCUGACUUGAUAAAUAACAAGUAAUUUCACUUUUAGUUUAUUAAGGACAAAACAUUGUGUACAUUUACUGAUGUUUUUCCCAAAAAAACAUUAUUUUCUUUGCUUCUGUUGUGUUACUUAUUUUAACCAUCCAUCCAUUUAAGUUUUCAUUGCCCAGUACUGAAUAAGAUUCGUUGAUAUACUUGUAUAAUAAAUUCUAUCAUUCCAUAAUAAUCCUACACUUAACUCCUUGGGGUGUAAAUUGAACCUGGAUAAUUUCACUUCCAUAUAUAUUUACUUUGUCAUUAAGCAAGUGAAAAUCCUGUGCCCAUUCCUGUUUGCGUUAGAACUCCGUGAGUAGUAUAGACUCUUUACAGAAAGGAACCAGACAAAGAUUGUAGGGUCCAAACAUCUUAUGAGAGUUCAUCUUAUAAAUUGACAUUUGUAAACAUUGUAUGUUCACAUAUAAGAAUUAUUUUCCAUCAUACAAUGAGAUUCAGAAAUCAUAAGGGAUAGAAAUGAAAUUAUUACACUAUAACCAUUAAGUAUAACACUCAUUUUUUUACUGUUCACCUUCAGACAUAAUUUUGUUUAGAUAAAUACAUAUAUGUAAUAACUUUCAUGGUUAGAAUGGAAAUUCAGAUACUUUUAAAAUGGUAACAGAGAUGCAGCAAUCUGGUCCUUCUGAGAAAACUGACAAAAUAUGCAGUAAAGAGUAUCAAAGAGAGAAAAGACAAUCUCUAAUUCAGUUGUCCAGAACAGAAUUUUUAUAAAGUAUGCAAAUGUUUAAUAUGAAUGAUACCUACAGAGCAGAAAUAAACAUUUUAAAAUAACAAACUUGAAAUUUUUGGUGCCUAACACUAAUGAUCUGUUUGUAGCUUAGUGGAAAAGUGCUUGCUUAGCACACACAAGGCCCUGGGUUUGAUCCCCAGCAUCCCACCCUCCCCACAAAAGUAAUUUGUUGGAAAACUCACGAGUGUGAUUUUCUAUGUCUUUUUAAAAAUGUUAAAAUGUGUUGUAUAUUUACUAAGUUAAUUAAAAUGCAGAUCAAAGCACCACUGUUUGCUUUUUCCACGUACAGUUAACAUUUCCUUGAAGUGUGUGAGUAGUUUUGUAAAUGUAGUGUAGCACUAGAAAUUUUCACUUAAGCUUUUGAGACCUAAUUCCAUUCCAUGAGUUGUCAAUUAGUACUGUUAAAAAAAAUACUAAUAUCUUGUCAAAAGGUAUUGUUUAUUGGACUUAAUAUCGACUGCUUUUUUUGCACUCUGUCACAGCAGUGUCUUUUAAGCACAAAUAGAACUAGAAAAUGUGAUGUCACUUUUCAAUUACAAGAAAUCUGAAUUCAGAUCUAAAAGUGUAUAUUAUGAUUAAUAUUGUACAGUUAAAGCGUUCAGAAUGAUAGUCAUAUUUUCUCUUAAUUUAACUCAUUUUGUGCCUUCUUUGGUCAUGAAAACACCUAUAUUUUAAUAUAAAUUAUUUCUUUGUGAAAUGCUAAGCUUCAGCCCAUACCAAAAAACAAAACAAACAAAAAACAAGAAAGAAAAAGGAGGGGAGUCUCUUUGCACUACUACUAUCUCAAUUCUAAAUUAGUUGAAAUUUUUAAAUGUUUUUUUUUUUU